CCAGAUAAAAAGCAACGUAUGGUAAAUAUUGAAAGCUCCAGGCAUCGAAAACAAGAGCAGAAGCACCCUCAGCCACAACCUUAUAAAAGGGAAGAUCUGAAGAGAUAUCCUGGAAACCACCCUUGCACUGUGCGGUGUUUGUUGAAAACAUGUUUGGAAGAUUGACUUUUCCACAACUGCUUUUUGCUACCAUCCUUGGAAUUGCUGGAGGAAUAUAUAUUUAUCAACCAGUAUUUGAACAGUAUUCCAGAGAUCAGAAGGAAUUAAAAGAAAAGUUGAAAUUGGUACAAGACUCAGAAGAGAAGAAAAGUUAAUACUACAUGGAGUCGAACUGUAAUUGCUUAAAGUUCCAUUGAAAUUAUACAUUGACUAUAAAUAAUCUAGUAAAAAGUUAUCAAAUAUAUUUUAAUUGUAAAUAAAUCAUAGAUAAUGAUUUUAAAUUAGUUUUAAAACUAGCACUGUCAAUUUUAAUGUUUCCUGUAUUCUUAUUUGCCAUUUUAUGUCUUUUCACCAGGACAGAUUAGUACUUUCCUUUUAAGCAAAAAUGAAUGUCUUAAGGAAUAUUUUAUUUCCUAGUUGAAGCUUCUUUUUUCUGGGAAUGUGGCCUAUACAUUGGCAGUCUAGACUGUAUAAACUAGCUGGGAAUGUUGUUUACAGUCGUGUUUGUAGAUUCAAUUAACCAAGUUAACUUCAGGCAGGAUGCCCCUCAGUUAGCCUACAAUUAGCCUGCUUUAAUAUACCUUAGAAGUCUUUUAAUCCCAGCCCUUUCUCAUCCCAGGCAGAAUGGAGGAGUAAAUUGAGAAUUGGGGUGGCUCAGAUCAAAUGGAGGUUUUUGAGAAGGUAGGUGGUGUCACAUAGGGUGGCAAACAAGCCACAGCUCUGUUUACUUAACCCACCAAGCAAAUUUGCAUUAUAAUGGUGGUCAGGGAGGAGUUAAUUUAUUAUGAAGCUAUUCACAUAGUUAAAGGGUUUUUUGGAAAUCGCUAAGAACUGAUAUUUAACAAUGAAAGCUUAAAUGUAAUCACAUAUGUAUAAAAUGCUUUAAAUCAACUCAUUUCUUAUUAUUGAUUUUUUUGAAAAGUAAAUUCAUUGUAACUUAAUCUAAACUAUGUUGAGACCAGCAUAGGUAAUUAAAAAAAAAAAUGUGAAUAAGAAAUUACAGAGUAGUACAUGUUCACCUCAUUAAAAAAAACCCAAACAAUACAGAAUGAACAAAGUGAAAAUUACGGUUUUUCAGUAUACAUUGAUUUAAUUAGCACCUUUAAUAGUUUGAGCUUUUGAGACUGUUUUUCUUCUAUGCACACUGAAAAAUAUAUGUAAAUUUAUAACACAUACCAAGUAUCUACUGUGUGACAGGCUUGGCUUGUCUGUCGGUAGACUGGGGUUCUGUUCUGUGUGUCUUCUCAUUGUGGGCCCCAGGCUCAAGGAGUAGCCCCUGUCUAGGAUAUGACAGAGUUUAGGAUUAAGAGAGAGAGAGACUGAAAGGAAACAUAAUUGUAAAUGUCUGCUCAGCUGUGGCAAUGUCUCUUCAGAGUCUGCUGGUUUAGAACAUGUCACAAGGUCCUGCCCAAAGGUGAGGCCAGGGAAAAAGACUCUUCCCACAGGAUACACAGUCAAGUGUAUUCCUGCCUGUGACCAUAGGCAAGAAUAUAUAAUCCUGUUAUCCAAGGAAUGAUAAUCCUAUUUAACAUCAUGCGAAAUUGAACUGCUUUUGAUCCUCCUUUUGAGAAGGAUUGGUUUGUCAGUUCGGUAGUCACAUAACAAGUGCCAGGGAAUGAGUUGUUUUUUGUUUUUUGUUUUUUCCAGUAAAGGUACUGCGGCCAUUCAAAUCAAAGCCACAGUGAGAUGCCGCUUCACAUACACUAGGAUGACUACAGUCAAAAAGGGCAAAUAAUGAGUGUUGACAAGGAUGUGGAGAAGUUGAAACCCUCGUAUAUUGCUGGUGAGGAUAUAAAACAGUGCAGCUGCGGUGAAACAGUUUGGAAGUUCCUCAAAAAGAUAAACAUAGUGAUACCAUAUAUGAGGCAGCAAUUCUGCUUUUAGACAUAUGUCCCAGAGUAGUGAAAAUAUAUGUCUACACAAAAAUUUGUAAAUGAAUGCUGAUAGAAUCAUUAUUAUAAUAGCCAAAAAGUGAAAAUAACCCAAAUGUCUCAACCAGUGAAUGGAUAAACAUGUUGUGGUAUAUCCACACAACGGAAUAUUACUCAGCUAUAACAAGGAAUGAAAUACUGAUAUGUGCUGCAACAUGAAUAAACUUUGAAACAUGAAAGAAGCUGAGCACAAGAGGCCAUAUAUUGUAUGAUUCUAUAUGAUGUGUCCAG